AUUAAUUUCUUUUUCAUUUAAAAUGAAGUUUCAACUAAUUUGGGACAACUCUUUUGCUACAUAUAUUUUGGGGCAGCAGACUUAAUUGCUAUUGCUACUUUUGGUCUACUUUUGUUAAUAUGACACUGUUGUUACCCUCAAAGAUGGUUUGAUAUGCAAAAAAUUGCUGUCAGGUACCCCCUAUUUUGCAAUAAAGACUGGCAGGUCCCAUGUUUUUUUAAAAUAUACUCUUGGGGGCUUAAAAUAUAUCAUUAAUGACUAAGGGGGUGAGUUCCGUCCAUUGCACCGUUUGAGGUAUUGAUUUGUCAAUUAUAUCCUUGGUUAUUACCCAGAAAAGCAAAAAAGAAGGGUGUACUGUCUCCUUCUUCGAUCGAAAGCAACUUCCUCUUAUAGCGCUGUGAUGAUUGCCUUCCUUUAAAAGCUUCUCCAUGGCUCCAUCAGGAUUUAGAGUGUGUGUGAAAGAUCAAUGCAUUGUGAUAGAAGAUAUUGAUUUGGAUAUUUACUUCACCAAAGAUCUGUAUGAAGAUGUUAUUUUAAAAGCUAAAGAACAGAAUGUUAGUCUUCCCAGGUUUCUUGGUUUUACAUACCAUCCUCCCAAUAAAGAAAUUCAGAAACUGCCAUUAGCUACUAAUUUAGAUUGGAUAAAGAUGAUUGAGGUUUGGGGUGUAGUUUCUUCAACUUACAUUCCCUUAUAUGUGAUUGAGCUGCAAGAGCCUAGUUCAUUACAAAAAAUGGCUGAGAAACUUGAUUCCAGUACCCAAAAUUUUAAUGAGGGCAGUAACAGUGAAGUUGAGUUUUGGGUUGACAAUUUGCUUGUAACACCAACAAGCUGUAGUGACAUUCUUGAAACUGAACUAAAUACUGGUUACAAGUCUAAGUUAAAUGUGAGGAGGCAAAUCAAUAGGAGGACUGAAGUGCAGCUCCAACCAUCUCUCUUACACCCUGAAGAUGUAUCCAUUACUGAUUCCUCUCCAGAGGUCUCACCGAUGAUUACUGCACGACCUGAUAAAAGCCCUCGAGAGGAGUUUGUCAAUGAUGAGAUACUUAAAAACAAGAAAACAAAGCAUGUGGGGGGAGAAAGAAAACUAUUUGAGAGGACUGAAUUUAAUAUGAAACUCUUGACAAAGGAAUUGAAAGGCCUAGAAGCUUAUGACAUUCCAGCCCUGAGUAAACCCCAAAUUCCUCCAGAAGUUCCUCCCUUAGAUGUAUUCUUUGAAGAGCCUGUUCUGCCAUCUCAAAGUGAAGGUCUAAAUCGGGAGAGGGUUACUGAUGAUGAAAAAGGAUCCUGUGAAGAUGAUGAAGAAGAUUGUGAUUUUGAAGGGAGUGAGGAAGAGUGUUUGAGUAGUGAGGAAGUUUCCAUGGAUGAAGAGUCAGAAAUGGAGGAUGACGUUGAUCUUGACGCUGACACUACCUAUAGAAUGAUGCUGGGUAAUGAAGAGGAAAAUGAAGAUGGGAGUGGUAGUCAGUCUAUAGUGGAUAAAAUGGCUAAGGUGUUUAAGACUCGAAGACUAUGGAUCAGAAAUAGCCAUGGACCCGUGCACCUCUUGAUAUGUGAAAGCCAUCAACCACGCAAUCUUCCAUUGCCUCGUAAGGGACGAGCAAGGGCCCCGGGGGAUGAACAGGAGGUCAUUGUAAGGUCAAAUGUCCAUUAGGUUUAUGCCUCCAGUUCCUGCCAUAAGGCCAU